AUGCUAGACACAAGGCGGCACAUGAACAUUUCAGUAUGUUUACAUCAAGAAGAAUUUAGCGGGACUGGCCAUUGUGAGACAGAUGGCAAUUCUCAAUCAGAUGGCCUAUACAUGGUAGCAGGCUGCUAUGACGCUGGGCAUCUGGUGUUGUAUCCUUGCCAACCAUCUCACACAGACUUAGUAGUGGUUCUGACCAUGGUACCACAUCGCUUCAAAAAUUUCUAUGGCCUAUGCAGUUUCAGUGACAGUCCGACAAGGGAGCUUCCAGAAUUUGAUGUAUAUAGAGCUAUACUGUGUGAGCUUAUGCUAGUUCUGGACCAGCACCUAGACAUUUUGAAUUCAGGGCUUGAUGUUUCUAACAAUUGGUGCUCUCUGUUGUGGCUCAAUUCAGAUUAUAUGCUCAAUUAUGAUAUGGAUGUGAUUGGAUCUGACUGGGGCAUCUACCUGUUGGACAUAUCUUGGGAUCCUGGAGGGAUGGCAUGGCCGUUGUUAUCCGAAUUGGCUCGGCGAGUGGUCUUCGAGGGAGAAAGGUGUGUCAUCAUCUUAACUGCGGCCUACCUUGGCCAUAACUACUGCUUCGACCUCGUCGAAAUCUACCCCAGCUUCGGCUACCACCGUGACUACGACCGCUUAUUCGAGCUCGUUCAAGUCCACCUCAACAAUGGUUACUACUGCGACAACUACCCUGACGACCCCAACAUGAUUGAUGAUCUUCAAGCACCAUGGGAUCCUGCUUCUUCAUGGGAUUUUGAGGUUUGCGAGACUGUGAUCUUAGUUCGCUUUAGAGCGGGCUCCGUCCCCAUAUUCAUCGUCCCCUAG